AUGGCGAUCAGAAGUUCGAUUCGUCGGCUAGCCCAAUCAGCGGCUGCCGCGUCAGCCGCGAACUCCGGUCGAUCUGGAGCAGCGACCGUGCUCGCCGCAUCCGCCGUAUCCGUUGCCGCGAUCGCAGCCGUAGAUUCACGCAUCGCAAGAUCUGACGACUCCGCGGAUCCGGCGGAUCGGCAGAACUUGGCCUCAGUGGCUUCCGCGGGAUCGUUCUGGGGGAACAUGCUGGGCAUUCGCGGAGGCGCAGGCGGAGCUGGCGGAGAGCCUUCCGCAGAUCACCCCCCCGCGCCGGGACCUGCGCCCGGGGGCCUUCCGCCGGGAGGAUCUGGCGCAAGCGUUGGGGCCGGAAGCGCGGCCGCGGGGGAGGGAUCGCAGCGGCAGCGGAAUGACAAUCCCAACCCGCGCACGACGGCGGCGGGAUUCGAUCCCGAGGCUUUGGAACGCGGGGCGAAGGCUCUGAGGGAGAUCAACAAGUCAGCUAGUGCGAAGCAGGUGUUUGAGAUCAUGCGCAAGCAGGAGGAUGUGCGCCUAGCGGAGGAGAAGGCGCGGAUCGCGGAGCUGGAGGUGCACCGGCAGCAGCAGGAGACGGCGCGGCAGAAGCUAAUGUACGAGGAGCAGCAGAAGCUGGUGGCGCAGCAGGCGCAGACCAAGGCGCAGCUCGCGCGGUACGAAGACGAGCUCGCGCGGAAGAGGAUGCAGGCGGAGCACGAGGCGCAGAGGGCGAGGAACGCAGAGCUGGUGAAAAUGCAGGAGGAGUCGAGCGUGAGGCAGGAGCAGAUCCGACGGGCCACAGAGGAAGAGAUUCAGCAGCAGAAGCGACAAACCGAGCUAGAAAUGGCGGCAAUCGAGAGGGAGACGCUGAAGCAGAAGGCCCUGGCGGAGGCAGAGGCACGGGCGCACGAGGCGCGGCUGAGUGAGGACGUGAACAGACGGCUGCUGCUGGAGAAGAGCAAAGCGGAGACUGAGAAGUGGGUCAGCGCUAUUAACACCACGUUUGGGCAUAUUGGAGGUGGUAUCAGAGCGUUGCUGACGGAUCAGAACAAAAUGGUGGUGACGGUGGCUGGAGUGACUGCGCUGGCUGCUGGCAUCUACACCACCAGGGAGGGUGCGAGGGUGGUGUGGCAUUACAUUGAUCGCCUCUUGGGACAGCCUUCACUCGUGCGGGAGUCCUCAAGGGGGCCCUACCCCUGGUCGCGCAGCCUCAGGCGCCUCUCCUCUGCUUUGGCUGCUCCCUUCUCCCGCGUCCCUGCUGCCACUCCCGGAACUGCUGCUGCCGGAGCAGUAACAGCAGAGGCAGCAGCAGCAGGAGCAGGAGGAGCAGCGGCCUCAGCUCUGAUGAAAUCAGGUCGAGGGUUUGGCGAUGUGAUUCUGCACCCAUCGCUGCACCACCGCAUUCGCCAGCUCGCUGCUGCCACGGCCAACACCAAGCGCCACGGCGCGCCGUUCAGAAACAUGCUCUUUUUUGGUCCCCCUGGCACUGGCAAGACCAUGGCUGCUAAAGAGCUCGCAAGGCAAUCGGGGCUGGAUUAUGCGUUGAUGACAGGAGGAGACGUGGCGCCUCUAGGGCCGCAGGCUGUGACCAAGAUUCAUCAGAUGUUUGACUGGGCGGCGCACACCAAGCGCGGGCUGCUACUGUUCAUCGACGAGGCGGACGCCUUCUUGUGCGAGCGCAACAAGAUCACCAUGAGUGAGGCCCAACGCUCCGCCCUGAACGCCAUGCUCUUCCGAACGGGCGACCAAUCGCGCGACAUCGUGCUUGUACUCGCUACAAACAGACCCGAGGAUCUGGAUAGCGCAGUCACGGACCGAAUCGACGAAAUGAUGGAGUUUCCGCUGCCGAGGGAGGAGGAGCGGUUCCGCCUUCUCCAGCUGUACCUCCACCGCUACGUGACAAACUCGCAGGACGGCAGGAAGUGGUGGAAGCGGGGCGGCGGCGGGAUCGCCGCAGCGUUCCGGAAACAGGAGAAGAUUGAGGUGAAAGGGAUUUCGGAGGAUGUUUUGAGGGAUGCUGCGAGGAAGAUGGAGGGGUUUUCGGGCCGUGAGAUUGCGAAGUUUAUGGCGAGUGUGCGGGGGGCUGUGUACGGGAGCAAGGAGAGUGUGUUGGAUGCGCAGUUGUUUCUAGAAGUGGUGGAUUAUAAGGUGGCUGAGCACUGGCAGAGGCGGGAUCUGGUGGCUGGGAAGGGCUGGGAAGCACCCGGGGAGGAUGGGAGCGUUGCAGGUGAAAAGAAGGCGGAGUAG